AUGGACAAGCUGUCUACUGAAACCCAGAACCGCAAGCGGAUCAAGGAAGUGGAGAAUGCUUUCAGGCCACCGGGAGAGCCGCUUUCCAAACCAAAUCGGAUCCUGGUGGGAGAGGGAACCUUGAUGAAGCAGGGUCGGAAGAAGUGGGAGCAGAAAGCAUUCUUCCUCUUCAACGAUAUCCUCGUGUACGGCAGCGUCAUCAUGAACAACCGCUGGUACAAGAACCAGAAGACCAUCCCUUUAAAGGACAUCAGGCUGGAGGACAUGGAAGAUGGUGAAGAAUUUAAAAACCUGUGGUUAAUCUGCACGCCUCGCAAGUCUUUCUACAUCUCUGCCCCCACCUGCGAGGAGAAGAAAGCCUGGAUGAUGCACAUCGAGCUUUGCCAGAGUUCCCUGCUGCAGGAGCAAGUCCCCGAACAAAACCUUACCUUUGCCAAAUGCUGGAUUCCUGACCAUGCUGCUCAGAAAUGCAUGCGCUGCUUCGUCACAUUCACCCCAAUCAUUCGCCGACACCACUGCAGGAAGUGUGGCUUUGUGGUGUGCAACAAGUGCUCCAAGGACAGAGCCCGAAUCAACCACAUUGACCCCAAGAAACUGCUGCGUGUCUGCAAGAUCUGUAGCAAAACAUGUAAGGAAAAUGAGAUUUCCAGGGCAAGAUUUGACAGUGAUGGCUUGUGGGGUGAUGCAGAAGACUUAUCCAGCGAAGAUGAGUAAUCUCAGACCAAUUCUCACAUAAUAAACACACUGUAGGUUUAAACUGAAGUUGCGUAACAUAAACCUUAUAUCCUGUUUCCACUGUUUGGAGAAAAUGUAGCCAUAAAAGAGCAAGUAAUGUGAGAUAUCACAGAGAGCAUCAGGAAUCUCUCUUAGCAGAACAAUGUGUGAACUGAAAUAGUUCAGCUGUACCUAUCAGGGAGAGGAUGAACACCUGUCAGCCAUUAUCUUUGUGCUGAUAAGACCUGCCAAGACAGAGGAAGAGCAUCAUAACUACUGUACAAAGACUGUUGGGCUUUUGACCUGUAAAUAGAUAAAACUGUACCUGCUGAUAAAAGACUUAAAGCCUUAAAAGUCACAAAGUAUUUGAAAAUUAUGCAUUUUAUCGAAACCUAUGAUUGUAAAUACAAUGUAGCAUUUUCUUUGUAUAUUAAGCCAAAAGUAACCAUAUUGAGAUGUGUUUUUUUAUAAUUUAUUUGAUCCACUUUUUGUAAAACUUCUGCUGCAACUUUAUUA